AUGAUAAUUUCGAGGUAUAUACCAGUCAGACCAGAUAUAAUCUUUAAACAAUUAAAUUUGUUUAUACGACUAAAUCGAUUUCAAAUAAAUUUAAAUCGAAAUUACUCAACAACACCCACAGAAAAUAAAACUCCAUUACAAUUAUAUAAUGAAAGAGUUGAACAAGGUAAAUUAAGAGAUGAUCAAUAUCAAAGAAAAAUUAUUACUUCAUUAUCUAUAUUACAUGAAAAUUUAGUAAAUUAUAAACCUCCUGAAAUUCAUAUACCAACAGAAGAAGAAUUUAAAUCAUCAAAUACUUCAAAGUUCUCAUUUGGCAAAAUAUUUUCAUCAUUUUUUGGAUCAAACACUUCUUCAAAAAAUUUGAAUUCAAAUAUAAAUUUUGAAAAUAAUGAAGAAUAUAACUCAUUAGAUAAUAAAGGUAUAUAUCUUUAUGGAGAUGUUGGAUGUGGUAAAACAAUGUUAAUGGAUUUAUUUUAUGAUACUAUCCCAUCAAAUUUAACUAAAAAAAGAGUUCAUUUUCAUCAAUUCAUGCAAAAUUUACAUAAAAGAUUACAUCAAUUAAAAUUACAAUAUAGAAUAAAAAACAAAAAGGGAGAAUAUCAUGAUGAAAUUGAUGUUAUUCCAAUUUUAGCAAGUGAAAUUGCUAAAAAUUCAACUGUAUUAUGUUUUGAUGAAUUUCAAGUUAUUGAUGUUGCAGAUGCAAUGUUAUUAAGAAGAUUAUUAAUGUUAUUAUUAUCAAAAAAUUAUGGUGUUAUAUUAUUUGCAACAAGUAAUAGAGCUCCUGAUGAUUUAUAUUUAAAUGGUAUUCAAAGAGUUAGUUUUAUACCAUGUAUAAAAUUAAUUAAAUAUAAGACAAGAAUUAUAUAUUUAAAUUCUCCUAUAGAUUAUAGAAAAAUCCCCAAACCUAUGAGUUCAGUAUAUUAUUAUCCAAAACCUGGAGUUAAAUGGAAUUCAAAAAUAAAUCAAUCAAAUUGUGUUAAACAUAUCAAUCAAUGGUAUGAAUAUUUUAAUCAAAAUAAUAAAAAUCAUGACGGUAGUGAUGAAAAAAUUAAAAAUUAUUCAUUAAAAGUAUGGGGUAGACAAGUUAUAGUUCCUUUAAGUUCACCACCAAAAGUUGCACAAUUUACAUUUUUUGAAUUAUGUGGUACACCAAUGUCAGCAGCAGAUUAUUUAACAUUAGCAGAAUCUUUUGAAUCAUUUAUAAUAACAGAUAUACCUUAUUUAAGUAUUGAUCAAAGAAAUCAAGUUAGAAGAUUUAUUACAUUUCUAGAUGCUGUUUAUGAUUCUCAUGGAAAAUUAUCUGUAACAUGUGCUGCUCCAUUUAAAGAUUUAUUUGUUGAACCAGAAGAUCUAAUAAAUGAUAAUUAUCAAUUAUAUAAACAAAAAUCAGAUUUAAAAAAUAAAAGAAAUAAAUUAAAUGAUGAAGAAAAAAUUCAAAUAGAAAAGAAGAAGAAACCUAAUGAUUUAAAGAGUGAUGAAGAUUUAGAAAAUUUUGAAAAUGAUGAAUUAGUUACAAAACAUGGAUUUGAUAAAAAUAUUGUUAAAAAAGCAAGUAUGUUUGUAAAUGAUGAAGAAAAAUUUGCUUUUGCAAGAGCUUUAAGUAGAUUAAGUCAAAUGAGUACUACUGAAUGGAUUGAAUUUGAUAGAAAUAAUUGA